AAAAUGGCACAUACAAAACGGUCAGAUGAACACUGAAAUUAGAUUUGGCCAGACGUACCUUGGAGUUUUAGUGAAAGUGACGAAACCCUUUAGAAAUGAAUAGUAAAAAGAAUAAGAACAAAUCGAAACCAAAUAAACCCCAAACUCCGAACCCACCCCAAAAAGUAGAAGAACCAAGUAAAGAUGUUGAAGCUGCUGAAAUCGUAAGUGCAGGUGAAGUCGCAAGUGCGCAAAAAAUUGACUUACGUGUCCCUGAAAUAAUAAGUGAGGUGAUUCCUGUAGUGGAAGUGAAGGAAACCGAAGAUGAUUCUCCGAAUAAACCAAAAAGAAAUCGAGGUAAGAAGAAAAAACACGAUAAAGACGACGAUGAAAAUCAAGAGGAAAAGCCGAGUGAGGCAGUGGAAAUAAUUGAAAUCGUUGAAGUCGAAACGCAAGAAAUUGUGAUUGAAGAAAACGUAGCACCGAAUUCACGAAAGAAAAAAAAUAAAAACAAGAAAGUUGUAGAUCCCGACACUAAAACUACAGAAAAGGCUGAAGAAGAAGUUUCUUUGAUCGAUGAAAAGAAGAUUCAAGAAUCUGAGUUGUGUGUGAAAGAAGAAUCAAAACCUAAAGAUGCGGGUGACCAAGAAGCUAAGUCGUCGAAAAAGAAGAACAAGAAAAAGAAACGAAACGAUUCAGAGCGAUCUGAAAAAGCUGAGGAACUUAGUUGCACAAGUGCUUUUCAAAAAUUGUUAAUAGAUGAUAAGACUGAUGUUAAGACUGUAGAAAAUCCACCAAUUGAAGAAAUAAAAAUACAACCAGAAAUUGUUCAAGUUGCUUCAAAGGAGGAUAAAAAUAAGAAUGUAAGCCAUAAAACUGCUUCAACCAAACCUGAAGUGGAAAAUGUAGAAAAAAGUACUGAUAAUCCAGAAAGUGCACCUGCAAUCCCACUUCAUGAGCCUCCUGGUAAAAAUAAAAAGAAAAAUAAGAAAGACAAAAAAGAACCCCCAAAAGAAAAAGAAAUUAAAGACGAUUCUGAUAUCGAAAUGCCUGAAAUUAUACCAAUAACUGAAACUGCUGACGAACUUAAAAAAACUAUUGUUCAAGAAUCCCCGAAAGAAAAUGUCCCAGCAGAAGAUUCGUCUGUAAAAAGCAAAGAGGCAGAUGAAAAUGUGACACCAAAAGCCAAAAUCGCGAAGCCUGUUGAAAGGAAACGUAAAGGGAAAGGUGAUCACCACUCUCAAGAACUAUCUGAAGCACAAGAAAAAGAGUCUAUGGGAUCUGAAAUAAUGAAAGAAGAAGAAAAACCUGUAGGUACUCCAAUAAAAGAAGAUGUCAAAACAAACAUUGCAGAACUUAAGUCAGUUUUACAAGAAACUAAAGAAGAAAUAAGCGACGUGGAACCUAAACCUAGUAGUCCUGAUAUAAAAUCACUAGAUUUGCCUGAAAAAGAUAAAAACAAAAAACGAAAAAAGUCGCCCAAACCUGGGAAACAAGAGCAAAAACCAGCAACUCCAAUUGAAGUUGAAACGAAACCUGAAGUUGAAAUUAAUCCUGAAAUUUUGAAAGAAGAGCCACAAACUCUAAUAAAACCAACUGUAGUUACUGAAAAACAGCCAGUGGCUGAAAUAAAAUCUCAAGAUGCUAUUAUUACUGAAGCGUUUGAAGAGUUGAUCAAAAUACCUGAAAGUGACAAAAGUAAAAAGAGAAAGAAAUCUCCAAAGCCUAAUAAACAAGAACAGCCAGCUAAAAGUAUAACUAAAACAACAGCUGAAUCAGACAAUGAACCUAAAAAUAUUAGCCCGGAUGAACCACCAAUUGCUCAAAUGGAAACAAAGUUUGAAUCAAUGACACCUCUUUUCUCAACAGAAGUCGUUGAACCUCAAAAAGAAAGUACUAUUUCUCCUGGACAGAUUGAAAUACCUACACCUAUAGGAACAACAAAAGAGCUUAUGCCAGAAGCGAAAGAUAUUAAACCAGAUGACACCAACAUUCCUGAUACUAAAUCAAAGAAAAAACGAAAGAAGUCGCCGAAAUUACCUCUUGGUACUGACGCUGCACAUGAAAUAAAAGAAACUGCUGCGUCUGUAACAGAAAUGCCACAAAAACAAGAAGCUAAGCCCGGAAGUAGUACAGAUAAUAAGAAAAAUAAGGCAAAAAGCCACGAAAAGUCUGACAUCUUCCAUGACAUACCUACAGCUGAAGACAUAGAAAUACGAAGCCUCAAAACUGACGAAUCCGAUAGUUCUAUUUGUGACUUUAUUCCUGACAUCAUCCAGCAUCCUAGAGCUACAAGCCAAGACCUUAUCGAUGAUAAUAAUAAUACAUUGAUCCAAGAGAUAACAAUAGAAGAAAUGAAAUUACAAAUACCUACUGAUAUUCCCGAUACACCCUUCAUUCAAGGAUCUGGAGAAACUCCACAAGUUACCCCCGAAUGUGUGUUUGUUGGUGUCCAAAUUUCUGAAGUAACUGCCGUUCCCGUGCCCGGCAAAGGUGAACAAGAAAAGACGGAUAUUAAAUCUAAAAUGAUGGAAGUAAACCAAGACAUGGAAGAAUUAAGACUUUCUAUAGAAAGAUCUUUGGCUGAGUUCUCAGCCAUGGAAAAGAGUGAAGGAGAAAUAGAACGAAAAUUUCAAGAAAAGACCGCUCAUACUCGUGUAGAGCCCAAAUCGCCUGACGUCAAAAUGCCUAGUGAACUUAUGUUUAAACAACCAGAAAAAAUCGAAACUCCUAAACCUCAAGAGAAGAAAAUUGAAGAAACUAUUGCAACUCCUUCAGUCGACACUAAACCUGCUGAAAUAACUACUUCGGCUACACAAACAUCGCAAAAAGACUCUCAUAAAAAGGAAACAAAACCCAAACCAUCUGAGAAAAUGUUAACAGCUACUAAUUUACCUCAACCACUAGAAAAACAUACUGAAACAAUAUCUCCACCAAUUGUCCCUGCUAGAAAAGAUAAAAGUGUGAGCAAAGAACGCGAUGUCAAAAAUAUUCCGAUAAAAGUAGCCGAAGAUAUCGUGAAACCAACUGCAACCGCUACUGAAGUUCCACAACAGCAAGAAACUUUACCUGACACAUCUGUUCCGCCCGCUAUUCCAGCAAGAAAAGACAAUAAAAAUAAGGGGAAAAAUAAGAAAAAAGGCAAACAAGAAACCGCUCAAGCAGUCACUCAAACUGAAAGUACAACUGCUAGUUCUGAAUCAAAAGAACCAGCUCAAGAAUCAGCCAAAAAAGAGGGAAAAUCUGAACAAAAGUCUGAAACAAAACAAGAUAAAGAGAAACAACAUGCAGUAUUGCCAACAGAUGACGUGAAAAAUCCCUCUGAUCUGGAUGGUGAUCAAAAUAAUAAACCAGAUUUCGAGCCAAUUGAAAAUUUUGAAGAUGCCAUGACUUCAAGCGCAGAUGACAUUAACAAGACAUUUGAAAUGAUCGUAAACGAAGGCAAUCAAACUCAAAUCAUUGAGGCUUCGCAUGUAAAUCCCGAGAUUAAAAUAGUAGCUCCGGUAGAAGAUACAAAACCAGAUAAAAGAGAUGAAAAAAUUAACCCUGUUUCGCCGCCAAAAAACUUGCUAGGUCACCCCAAUAUUCCUGUACAAUCGAAUAGAACCGAUUACAAAAAAGAAAAGAAUAAAGCACCGAAUACAAUCCUGGCUAAGGUUAAAAUAAAAGAUGCCGUUCAAAUUGAAGAUAACAAACAAUCGAAGGAUACUCAGACUGAUAAUAUUCGAAAGUUUUUGAAGACGAAAUCGAUUGACGAGUCGUUUUCGUCAGUGACCAAUGAGAAUGACGAGUUUGUCUACAAAUACAGUUUUAGGAAAGUUUUCUUGCAAAGCGCCUGCCAUGUUUGUAAGAAAGAACUGAAGCAAACUCGAGUGCCCUGUAACUUUUGUAAUUUGAUGUUUUACUGCAGCGCCAAACACAAGGAUGAGGAUUGGGCGAAACAUCAAGGAUUCUGUUUUGCUGUGUCAACCAUCGUGCACUUAAAGGAUCAAAAGCACAUCUACGCGGACUCAAAGAACAUCACGGGCCAGGACUACCGGCUGCUCCGCAUGCAGACUAUAGUCUCUUGCGAGAAGGUGCUCAAGCGAAGACUGGCGCCGUUCGAGCAGGAAGCCCUGCUGUAUCCUCGAGUAUGCGCCGCCCCUGCCUGCCGCGAGUGGCGCCAGAAUAAGCUGGUGGACUGCGAGGGUUGCGGGCAGGGUAAUUCAACCCGCGUCCUUGCCUUGCCCCGUGAAUACUGCGAUAGUUGCUGGCAGAUAUCCUUCUGCUCGGAGCAUCCCUCACACUUCCCCAAGGCCCACCAGCGCUGGUGCAAGUCAUACUCUCUCUACCAGAAGUUAGUGUGCUACCAGCAGACGCGAGGGCGGUUGGAGCCGCCCCUGCCUGGACGGAUCAUGGUGGAGCCGCAGACUUCGGAGAAGAUGAACGAGGUGCUGGCCAGCAUGUAUGAGGAGAAGAUUGACAUGAACGACAUCCAAUACGCGGCGCUGACGCAGAUCGCUACAGCCCCGCUGACAACUGCGUACUGCCUCCAGACUUACGCCAAGCUGACCAACGCGAACGGCACUGCUAAGAAAGCCACAUGCACGGUCCACGUGGUGGGCGGCGAGCUGCAGUUCGAGGCUGAUGCUCUUCACAAGUGGGAGGUGUUCUUACUGCACCAGCGGCCCGGCGCGCGGGAGCUCGGCGUGGCCAUGGUGGCGCCCGAGCUGAAUCCGUCCUCGCUGCCGCUGCAGCUACUCGCUAGAGUCAAACUGUGCGAGAACUGCCGUACCAACAAGCGCAGGGUGGUGUUCAGUUUCCAGGACAAGACCACCUACCACGACUACUGGGACAGUGACCACUUCCUCACCCCUGACAUUGUUUGCGCAUUCAACCCCAGCAUCAAAAGGUCGUCGAUGUACAACGGCAAAGACCCGUGGCCUAAAACAAUCAACUGCAUCCUCAAAAUGAAGACACCGUUUUUGGUCACGGCAUAUACUCUGACGGAACUCCAAAGGGACUUAGCCAAGAUCAAGGAAUGUGCUGAAACGGACCUCAAGGUCCUCAUCGAACCCAAAUUCAACAGCUUCGCCAGCGUCAGACCAGACAGGAACUUUAUAUCUGACGAUGAGAUGCCGCUGCUCUUCAAAAACUACUGUUACAUGCUCGUUUGUGGAGCUUGAUUUUGUUUUUUGUGUUGUUACUUUAUUAUAUUUAUUGAAAUAUCCCCAGUCUAUUAUUUGGGAGUGACGACAUUCAGUGUUCAAAACAAAAGAAACGGAUACAUCAUUAAAAUAUUUAUUAACUAACAAUUAAACUUCAUUUAAUCUAAACUAAAAUAUAUCACAGAUAAAACGUUAGUUACGAAUAAUAGAGAACACAGAGAUACAGAUUUUUUCAAAUCACCAAAUAAUUUUCAUGUUAUUAAACAUAGAAUAGACAGAAAUAAGUGUGUAAAUAUAGUAGCUUUGGACGACGGUGCCGUAGGAUGUGCCUGCCACCUACACAAAGAAGUUAUACAUAUAAGACGUAUAUUUACAGACAAAGGUACAACAAAGAGCGUCUUUAAGAAAGACUAUCAAUUCCUUGAGCUUUGGAAAAAUACAUGCAUAAGUUUCAACUCAUGCAUAAGUUGCACUCACAUAUCAAAUGUUUUCAUCUGAUUAUUAUAAGACAAAAUCUAUAAAAAAAUUAAGAAGUGCAUGGAAAAAAUUACAUUGAAUUUGUGAACCAAACUCUUGAAUAAAGUAAUGCAAUUGAUAGAGAAAUUACAAAUUCUAAAGAUAUUAAAUUGCCACACAUUCACUUCCGGAGAAAAAAUAGUGCUCAAGAAAUUGACAUUACGAAAGUUCACACAACAAUUAAAUAAGUGCACUAUAAAGAGUGAGAAAUACUAAGACUUACAAGAAUUUGAGACAGACAUUAGUAAUGGUGAAGAAAAGUAAUAGUGAUGAGGCACAGCAGUGAUGGUCCUUCCAGCAUUUGUGAUUAUUUAUCAAUUUUAAGUUCCAAAGCUCUCGAUUCGGAAACAAUUUUAUUACCAAAUGCGACACAUAAAUUGAAAAAUAUCUUUAUGUAACAUGUUCCAAGUUUACUUAGGAUAGGUUUGCUCGGAAAUAAUUACAGAUAUUUACUCGGUCUAAUAGUUAUGUCCUUCACAUAAAGUCUGACAACUUCAGGUGGAAGGAUUGAUAUACGAUGCUGAAAGAAUAACAUCUUCGGCCCAACAAAAUACAGCAUGUAAAUAAUGUCAACAAACUGGUUAUGAUAACAUGUUAAUGAUAAUUACAUGAAUACAACGAUAGCAAACAAGAACAACGAG